AUGGACACUAACAUUUUUGACGAAUACCCCGGACCGGGAACAACCUUCCACGCUCCACUUGCACACUCUAUCCCAAAACUCAACUCCCUCACCGAAGCUAGACAUUGCACUCGAUGCGGUAGGAAGUUUGGUUUCCUACGAACCAAAUAUCAUUGUCGUAACUGUGGUUAUGUAUGUUGUGGUCGGUGUUCAGAAAAUAGAGUAGAAUUGGCAAAGUUUGGUUAUUUUAGUCCUGUGAGGGUGUGCGACUUGUGCUUUCAUUAUCUCAACAUUUCAAAGUUGGCGCGCAGUCAACUUGCUACCUUGCCGAGUAAAACUUUACGUGAUUACAUUAAAGCGUUCAAUCUUCCCACGAACAAUAUUAUAGAAAAGGAUGAUCUGGUUGCAGUAAUAAUAUCGCAACGACCGUUAGGAGAUCAACAAGAGAUAUAUUAUAGAGAACAUAUUCCAAUUGCAGAGCCAGCCACAUCAGCGGAUUCUGCUUCAUCAGCUGAGGAACAUUCUGAGAACAACAGUUGGUCUAGGGCUCAACAAUCCAGCAGUCGAGGUAGACGUACUCAAUCUAGGAGAGCAAAUUCACCUACUUCCGGUCCUAAUGGAUCAAGCGCAAGACGUACUGCUUCUGCUGGAGCCAGAGCAGCGUAUCCGCCACGUCGACCAUCUAACUAUUCUCAUAACCAACAACGCCAGCCUCCGUCUCAGUCGCAGUCAUCUGCUCCAUCAUUUGUAUUACCUCCAAUAGACUCUAGUCCAUCGCCCGGUCAUUCUGCUUUUCCGUUUAGUACUUUUGAUGUUCCCUUAUUUUUCCCCUCUACUAGUCGAUCGAGUAGUACGACAACUUAUAGUACAUUUUAUUCAACACCUAUGACGAAUGAUAGCAACGCUCCGCGUACAGAAGAUUAUAUUCCUUCGUCUAACACACGUCGGUCGCAAGAAUAUGGGCGUUCACGUACGGUUCGUACACAAUCUACAACACGCACUACCACCCAAGCUUCAUCUCACCCAUCAGCUGCAUUUGCAGCAAAUCGUACUCAGCAAACGAGACCUACACAGUCUAAUAGACAAACACCGUCUAAUAGACAAACACCACAUAAGAGGACAGAUGAUGGACCACCAAGCAUUUACACGAUAAUAAAGAACAAAAUAGAGGUCCAGAAACUGUCUCCAAAAGCACUCAAGGACAUUCUUAAGGAUAAUGGUGUAGACUAUACCGGACUAGUCGAGAAAUCAGAAUUGAUUCAGAAAGUUGAGAGGUUAAUUGAGAAUGCCAAGAAAGAGAUGGCUACCGAUGUUGAUAAAUUGAGCGACGAUUCCCUUUGCAAAAUAUGCUGUGAUGCACCACAAAAUUGUGUAAUAUUAGACUGUGGUCAUAUGAGCACUUGUAUGGACUGUGGCAAGAAAUUACAAGAAUCCAGAAAUGAGUGUCCAAUAUGUCGGGAGACUAUCGUGAAAUUACUUAGGGUGUUCAGAUCAUGA